CCUCCAUGAAAGGGCGCUCUGCCUUCCCUUCUCUUGCGUCCUAAAGACUGGUGGAAGCGCAGAAACAACGGAUGUAGCUUCACUAUAUUAUUGUUGAUGUUUCCGCAGCAGCCUGUGUAGUCAGAUUGUGGCCGAUUUCUGGCGACGCAACUCCCGCUUUGAAUUACCUUUCCUUUUGUCUGCGCAGCUGGCAACAUUUUUUCAAUGCAUGAUGAGGGAUAGAGAAGUAAACAGACUGGCCUGUGCUCGUGAUUAGAAGCGAUGUGUGAGAUUGAUACCUCACGCUCAGAUUGUCCUUGAUCGCAAGUUGAUUUUACCCAACUUGAACUGUGGGCUCCAAUGGCGUCAGUUUCGAAGGUGUCUAUUCUGGAUUACUUUAAUAUUGUGUUUGAAGGUGAAAAUGGCAAAAUCGAGUCCAACUGCAAGGCUUGUGGUACCAGGAUCCAGGCGAAGAGGAGUGUCACGUCCAACUUCGUAACGCAUCUAAAGCGGAAGCACCAGGCUAUGUAUGAUGACUUUGUGAAAAGGAAGGAUAUGAAGAGAGAGGGGUACUCCUCUGGUUUCUUGCACAGUUUCACCACAAAUGGAGGAAAUACCCGCUACACCCACCCCAUCAGUACUCGAGUGGGAGGUGGAGGAGGUGGAGGUGUUGGAGGAAUGCCAACCCUUGAGGGAGGAGUGGGAGGAGGCUCAGGUGGAGGGUUGACCAAGUUUGAUAGACAUGACCCACGUCAGGUUCUGAUCUCUGAGGCUAUAGCUAAGAUGAUUGUGCGUGAUCUGCAGCCAGUGUCUAUAGUGGAAAAUCAAGGCUUCAGAGAGCUGCUUCAGCUCCUUGAGCCGCGUUACACCCCUGAGCCCCAGCACUACAUCCAGAGCCAGCUCUUACCAGCCUACGCCUACCAAGCCCAGGUAGCCACCCGCCAGGCCCUGGCCUCAGUGCACGCCCUUAGCCUCAGCCUUGAUCUCUGGAGGGGCUUAACUGGAGCCACUUCAGGGUACCUCGGUGUCACCUGCCAUUUUCUCACAUCUGAUUGGCAGAUGCAUUCUGCUCUCCUGGCGUGCCUUCCCCUGACUGGAGGAUUCUCUGGGAAUCGUAUGCUUUCAGAUUUUGAUGAAGUAUGUCACUCUCAUGGCGUGUCAGGGAGAGCCUUUCGUGUGGUUGCAGACCCUUUCCUGGCAACAACAUCAGUAAAGCCAUGUUUUCUUCCCGGUUUCAUGCUUUCACCUUCUCGCUUGACCGGGCAAGAAGUAGUUGAUGGAGAAGAAGAGGACAAAAGUAACAAUGAGGAGGAAGGGAUAAAGAAUGGCAAUGGUGAUGGAGGAGAUGAAGGAGAGUGGGAGGACUCCUGGGAGCAGGGUCUGGGUGUUGCUCGAGUGGACUGUUUCUCCCGCUCACUUGAACAGUGUGUCAGAGAGGGAUUACACUCAUGCCCACAGAUCACAUCCACAUUAGCUAAAGCUGCCUGUUUCUACAACUACAUUACCUCGGCUGUCCCUCCUGAGAAACUGAGCCAGGUUUUUGAUGGUCCUGGGUUGAGCAUGGGGGGACCAGGAACUCCCCCUCCUGCAGCAAGAGACUGGGCUGCUCAACUUAAGGUGCUUCGGCGGCUGCUGGACUCCAUGGAGUUCCUGGAGGAGGUGAGCAGACCUGAGGAGCUGGCAAUUGGUGUUUCAGAGAGAGCGCUGCUGAGGGAGCUCACUGACACUUUGGAGCCCUUCACUGAGGCAUGGGACAUGGUGCAAGGGGAUAGACAGGCGGACAGAAUGACAGACAGACAUGUGUCCAUCAGUCUGGCUCUGCCAUGUGUUCUGGGCCUUCGUAAGCAUCUCUCUGAGACGUCAACACCACGCUGCCCCUCUCUCCUGUUGGGCCUCAGCCAGUCUGUCGAGCGUCGGCUGGCCCCUGUUCUGGAGGAUCCUCUCUACAUCACUGCCACCACCCUGGACCCCCAGUUCAAGCUCACUUGGAGCAGCAACCCCGACUGGCACAGACAAGUUCUCAUAGAGGAGUUGUCCAAACAUUCAACAGCCUCAAGCUCCAUAGAGCCCCACACAGUCCUGCAUCCUCAGUCCCAGACCCCUCCUACCCCAGCUCCAUCGCCGGCCUCCUCACUUUCCCGGCCUUGUAAGCUGUUCUCUUUCAUCAAGCAGAGACCCACAACACAGGCCAAGAGCCUGGAGCAGGAACUGGCCGUCUACCUACGAGAGGAACCCACAGAUGAGGAGGCUUUGCAUUACUGGCGGCGUAAAGCUAUUGACUUUCCUCUGCUUGCCAACGUGGCCAAGAGGGCGUUAACCAUACCUGCUUGUUGCACUGUAAUCGAGAGCAUUUUCACUACUGCAGGGCGCUGUCUGCGGCCAGAGACAGGCUGUGUCUUACCAAAGAACCUGGAGACACUCAUCUACCUCAAAGCAAACUACAGACUAUUAUGGACUUAAAGCUAUGAGUACAGCUUUUCUUUAACCCAAAUAGCAACUUAAAGGUGUUAUUCCUGCAGUAAAGUUUCUUCUUGGAUACUAACCUAUGUUUCUCUCUGAGUAAAUUGAUCUAGCAACAUAACAUAUUCCUCAUACUACAUAUCAUUUGACGUGAGAUGGAAUAAUUACCUAUAAUUUCACGGCUGAGGCUAAGUUUUCCUUCUGAAGAAUGGUUUUCCAGACUGGACUAAGUGUGGAUCAUUGUCUGUUCAGCACAUAUUCAGCAUACAGACUACCACACCACAUUCUGUGGGCCGAGGAGACUAAAAGCAGAUCAAUACUUAACCAUUUACUUUGAAAUGAUUUUGCCUGGUGUGGAUCUUCAGACAUCCGCAACAACCAACCACAUACAAAGCUUGUGUCUUUGACAUGCCAACAAUAACUAAAUACAUACUGUAGCAUCUUUUUCCACUGAUAUACAUAAGCCUUUAGGUUAUGACUCACUCAUUUAGAGUGGUUCUUGAAGGAAGACUGCCAAACAAUGUAACAAUGCAUCAUCCACUUGUUUUUCCCCCUCUCUUAAUGUAUGCCUCAUCACUGGGACAUAAUAAACAAGUUUUGAUUCCUAA